AUGAUCCCACCAGGGGAGUGUCUGUACGCUGGGAGGAAGAGGAGGAAGCCCAUUCAGAAACAGAGGCCUGCUCUGGAGUCUGAGAAGUCCAACCCUUCCAAGAGGCACCGGGAUCGCCUCAAUGCCGAGCUGGACCAUCUGGCCAGCCUCCUGCCGUUUCCAGCUGACAUCAUCUCCAAACUGGACAAGCUUUCUGUCCUGCGUCUGAGUGUUAGUUACCUAAGGGUGAAGAGCUUCUUCCAAGCUGUGCAGGAGACAGGCUCGCAGCUGCCAGUGGCCGGGGACCCCUCGUCAGGAGAUGGCCACCCGCCUGGAGGGUCUGAGGUGCUGGAGGGACGGCUGCUGCUGGAGUCUCUCAAUGGCUUUGCCCUGGUGGUGAGCGCAGAAGGGAUGAUAUUUUAUGCAUCAGCAACCAUUGUGGACUAUCUGGGCUUUCACCAGACGGACGUGAUGCACCAGAACGUGUACGAUUACAUCCACGUGGACGACCGCCAGGACUUCUGCCGACAGCUGCACUGGGCCAUGGACCCACCCUCGGCAGCACUAGGGCAGCCCACACUCCCAGAGACAGGAGACGACGCCGUACUGCGGAGGCUGCUCCAGGCCCAGGACCCGGGUGCCGGCCCGCCUUCCGAGUUCGCCGCCUUUCUGACGCGCUGCUUCGUGUGCCGCGUGCGCUGCCUGCUGGACAGCACUUCGGGCUUCCUGACAAUGCAGUUUCAAGGAAAACUGAAGUUCCUGUUUGGGCAGAAGAAGAAGGCACCGUCGGGGACAGUCCUGCCACCCCGGCUCUCGCUGUUCUGCGUGGCAGUGCCAGUUCUUCUGCCCUCUGUGGCAGAGAUGAGGAUGAAGACUGCUCUUCUGCGGGCCAAGCCCAGGGCGGACGCUGGGGCCACGACGGACACCAAGGCAAAAGCUACCCCGAGCCUGUGUGAAUCAGAAUUGCACGGAAAGCCCAGUAACAUUGCAGGAAGGAGCAAUGGAGAGAACGGCAUCCCGGUGUUCAGAGCGCACGCGGACGCCGACCGCUGGGCCCGGGCUCCGGCCAGGGCCCCAUGCCUGUGCCUUGGUGGCAACGACCUCGUCCUUGACCCUGAGGGGGCUGCAGGGGACAGGGAAGAAGAGGCACAUGGGAGGAUGCUGAGCAGCUCCUCGGGAGCAAGGGGGCAAAGGGAAGUACACCUGUACAAUUGCCGCUUGGAAGCAGCCGGGAAGAUGAGGCAUCUUGGCUGGACGACAGAGAGGCACAGCCAGGGCAGGAGCGCCAAGCUGCAGCCACAGCCCUGUGGGAAUGGCCCGUUCUCCAUGUGCGCCGAGCCCCGAGGCACCUGCGUCCCCUACGCGGGCGUCCAGGGCACUUUCGAUGCUAGUGGGAGCGCUGCUUUCAGAAAUGCACCCAGCGCCCACCCGCUGGACCACCCCCCCAGUGCCCACUGUGGCCGGACCAGCAGACCUUGGCGGGAUUGCGACCAGGCCCUGGUGUCCCCACUCACCAGCUGCCACCUCCCCCACUCCGGGGCACAGCGAUUCCCCACGGGGGGCUAUUCUGCCGAGGAUGCCAAGUUGCGAAGUGCACCAGUGCCCCCGAGAGCCUUGGGCAACCCAAUGAUGUCGCUGGAUGUACCCAUCAAAGUAGAAAAUGAUUCUGGUUCUGAGGACACAGCCGAAGGCUACCCCAAGCCCCGGAGCCAGGUGUGGCUGGGAGCCAGUGACCUGGCCAAGAGACAGCCGGUCAGCUUCCCUAACAGGAUGCACCUGAAGACAGAGCCGGACCUCCCGGCGCACCUGCCCCGAUGCGCGGACUCCAGGCACUUCACCUACACCCCGCACCUCGGGCCCAGCGUGCUGGGGCCUCACGCCAACUGCAGGGCCACGGCCAGACCAAGCCCCUCCUACCCAGCCGGCUGCGCCUGCCUGGAGCGCAUGUGCGGCCUUCCCGGGCCGGAGCCUGCCCACUGCCCGCAGCAGGAGCCCGGUGCGCGCUGUCCGUGCCCGCUGCGGCGCGACGGCAGGGCGCCCGGGGCCGCGCCCGUCGUCAAGAGCGAACCCCUGGACUCACUGCCGUGGGCCAAACACAGCCAGGGUGGGGUGCCGGGGAUGCUCCCCAAAAGUGCCCUGGCAGCGCUGAUGCCGCCCAAAGCCCCGGAGUGCAUGUUCCUGCCGUAG